AUGGCCCACAGCACGGCCCACACGAACGGUAUGAAUGGGGGAGGUUUGACCCCGGCCCAGGAUUUCAUUCGCGCCGCUCGAAACUUGAAGUCUGCCACUACGACCUUCAAAGAUGAAAUGGAAAGGUCCGAGGUGCUUCUGAUGAAUUACGAGCUCAUGGCCUCACUAGAGACUCCAUGGGAGACGUACCCAGCGGCUGUAAGUGCUCUGAGGGUUAUGAAGGAUCUACGACUGUUUGAGAAGUGGAAUGAGAAAGGGAACCAGCCGAUGACGAGCUUGCAACUUGCGAAUAUGGUUGGAAAUGUAGACCCGGCCCUGCUUCAUCGACUGCUGCGCCUCUUGGCAUCAAACCAUCUCGUGGAGCUAGUCCCAGUCGAUAUGUUCACUCCGGGGGCAUUCUGCAAGGAGCUGAACACCAACUUCGGAGUUCUUCUUGACUACUAUUCUUUCGCCACUCACACGUUGUUCGGUGAGAUGCCCAAGAUACUUGCAGAAAAUGGAUAUAAGAAUCCAGUUGAUGGCAAGGACACCGUUUUUCUCAGAACCAAAGGCCACAAAGGAGACUUGUGGUCAUACUUUCGAGAGCAUCCUGAGUGGGGCGAGUCUUUCAACAAGGUUCAAAAGGUUUCCACCGGCAAAGAGUGUCCUUGGAUGGACAUUUUCCCUCACCAGGCCCUGGUUGCCGAGUCGGAACCCAGCUUGCCACUCUUUGUGGACGUCGGAGGAGGUAUCGGGCACGAUUUGAUGAGACUCUACAACACAUACCCGGAGGCAGCAUCGAGACUGUACUUAGCAGACCUCCCCGAAGUUGUUGCGUCAAACAUCGUCCCCGAGGCCGUCAACAAAGUGGGCUACAACUUCUUCACGCCCCAACCUGUCAAACAUGCGAAGGUAUACUAUUUGCAUCACAUCAUCCAUGAUUGGUCUGACGAGCCUGCUCGCAAGAUCUUGGAAAUGCAGAAGAGUGCUAUGAAGCCUGGAUAUAGCAAGCUACUCAUCCACGACCAAAUACUUGAUGACGAGAAGAGUCAGAUGUACACGGCUGCAUUUGACAUAGCGAUGAUGGUUUACCUCGCGGGUCAGGAGCGUACUGAGAAACAGUGGUUGGCUUUACUCGAUUCUGUUGGGCUUAAGGUGGUCAAGUUCUGGAACAAACCGCCCGACAAUUUCAGCGUUAUUGAGGUUGAGCUGCCGUAA